UGGGUGAGAAAGGGGGGGAGGGGUGUUUGUCUUCUGACAGAGCCAGCAUUCUGACGCGCAAGAGCAAAAACAAUCCGGGGCAAAAACACACCUUGAGCUGGUAGAAGCGCCAGAGAAUUGUCGAAGUUCUACGAGGCGAACGAUUAUGGAUGUUUGCGGAGUGAUGCGACUCUUCGAGGUGACGAGGCCAAGGCUGGAGAGAGGAGAGCGCACGAGCAGUAAUCUGAUCUGCGGAAGCGUGGGAGCUGGGCCUCGAGAAGCUUAAGAGCUGGGAGAGACAGCUGAAGCGGCGUCCGACGAGACAGUGGCAGGUCCAGCGGGGCGAGUGCGGAAGCUGGUUGGUUGGUACGGCUGGGGCCGCGUUCCCGUGGUACACCAGGUCGAAGGCGUGGGCAAUUGAGUGGAGCGGGCGGCGGGUCGACAACCAAAAAGGCGUUGGCGAGGUCCAAGAAGGCCGGAAGAAGCGGUUGCGAAAGGGCGGGCAGACAAGACAGAGACGGACAGGGAGGGCUGAGCCGAGCAGCUGCAAAGAGAUAUGGGGAGGUACGGAACAGAUACUUGGGUAUGCUGCAAGGCCAAAGGACCAGAAAAGGCGCGGGUGACAAUUACAAAAAGGGCGACAAAAAGGCUAAGGCAUAUAGGCGACAGAUAACAGGGCGGCUGGCUGAGGGAGAGCGGAUGGGGAGGUGGGACCGAGUAAAUAGGCGGCCCAAAGAAUAUAAAAAGACGUUGGCGAGGAGUGGUUGUAUCGUGCCUGAGGGUCGGGGAGGAACCAGAGGGGGGAAAGCGGCAGUUCAAAUGCAAGUCGAGACAGAAACGCACAGGUCAAGCAUGAGCGGAGAAGGCGUGAGUGCGGACGUGAGGGUGUGAGGGCGUACGAGGGUGAGAUGAGAGCGUGAGGGCG